CUCAGGACGAAUUGGUUCGUUCCAUUUUACAAACAAGAUGCGUCUAAUCAAGCAGAACAUCAUACAAAAAGAUGGCUCCGGAACAGCAACGCUUCUUCCCGAAGAGCCCGAAGAUAUGUGGCACUGUUACAACCUCAUCCGGCCUUCAGACAAGCUUCGCGCGUCCGCCAUACGAAAAGUCGUCACCGAAGGCGCCGCGGGCAGCACGCGAAAUGAGCGCGUGCACAUGACCUUGACCAUCACCGUCACGAAACUCGACUUCGAUCCACAGGCCGGGCAGCUGCAUGUAUCCGGGCAGGUGGCAGAAGAGAACAAGUGGGUCAAGCUGAAUAGCUUCCACACUUUGGACCUCGAAUUGCAGCGGAAUUUCACACUGGAAAAGGCCGAUGGCUGGGAUAGCGUCGCUCUAGAAACGUUGAAAGAGGCUAUAGAUCAGGACAAGAGGGCAGUGUUGUGGGCCGUGGUCAUGGCAGACGGGCUGGCGAACAUCUGUCUCAUCACCGAGCAUCAGACCAUACUGCGGCAAAAGAUCGAAGUCAGCCUGCCAAAGAAACGUGCAGGCUCGAGUGAUCAUGAAAAGUCCCUACAGCGCUUCUUCCAAAUCACAUACGAUUCUCUUCUGCGACAGAUUGACCUCACGAAUCCCAUCCCGCUGCUUCUUGCCAGUCCCGGUUUUACGGCGAGCCUGUUCCAUUCCUUCAUCAAAACCCAAGCAAGCACAACCGCCAACAAGCAGCUGGCACAGCUCAUCCCCAAAAUCACGAUAGCCCACUCGGCUUCGGGCCACCUUCACGCACUGGGCGAAGUUCUAGCCAGUCCUGCAGUCACCUCGAAGCUGAGCGAUACCAAGUUUGCGCGCGAGACACAGCUCAUGGACAAGUUCCUGGAAAUGAUGCGGAAAGAUGACCAGAGAGCGUGGUAUGGACCGAGAGAGUGUGCAACAGCAGUUGAAAGAGGUGCAGUGGGGAAGGGAGGGGGCGUCCUGCUGAUUUCCAAUUCCUUAUUCCGAAGCCAGGACAUUAAGACACGGAAGAAAUGGGUUGGUGUUGUAGACGAAGUCAAAGCUCAAGGUGGCGAGGUGAGAGUGUUGAGUAGUAUGCACGAAAGCGGAAAGAGAUUGGAAGGACUGGGAAGCAUCGCUGCGAUUCUUACAUUCCCGAUUGAGGAUCUCGACGACGGGCUGGACGACUUCGAAGGGGGCUACGAUUUGGACGACGAUGAUGAAGUGAAUGGCACUGGCGUGGAGGGCAAACAUGAUGUCCACGAGGAUGUCGAUUUUCUAUGAGAUAUGACGUAUGACGAGAGCAUGAACGCAACGAAGUCCACGAGAUUCAGAGGAUCAGAAAGGCACUCAGCUUUGAUAGGUACCUCCAGAUGAAGAGUUGCCGAGAACAGAUCUUCGGAGAGAUUUCGCGAUGUGAAUCGAUGUCGCGACGCGACAUGACGGCGUCCAGUCCCAGGGACGUCCACAGCACAGAAACAGCCACCACGUCAAGGUAAUCUCGUACGAUGUCAAUGCGGCCUCCAAGUUGCCAAUAAUGGAUGGACAUGGUCUAGCGCUGAUAGAAGCCUACUACACCCACACACAAGUGACAAGACACACGUGGUUGGUAUGAUUACCAUUGACCAGCCACAGAUCGAGAUGAUCGAGUCGAUGCAGAGCUCUCGGGUCGAAUUAACAAUUUUGUAUGACAAGACCUUAUCACGUCCUUACCUUAAGAUACAGGCACAGGUACAGGUACAGGUACAGGUAACCUUAGUGAACUUCGGCCGAGCCCAAAAGAAAUUUCCCCUGGCCUCGGACGAGUUACCUACAAUGCAGUACCUGACAGUACUGUACUACAGUAUGUAGUGUAAGCAUUCAUCAUCAUCAUCAUCAGAGUCUUUGAGGUCU